UAAAAAAUUCCAUUUUGACAAAAAUUAAACUGAAACAGUUGAGUGAACUAAAACCUAAAAAACGACGUCGUUGAAUUGGUCAUUCUCAUUCUUCUCCACUUUUCCACAAAAAAGUACGAAAAUUCCCCAUUUUGCUCAUCAAACUCAUCUCAACAACACAAACCUUCUUCUCUCCCAAGAUCCGAUCAGAUCCAUUCAAAUCCAUCUUCUUCCUCUCUCAAUCAUCCCUUCCUUUCUCUCUCUAACUCUCUCUCUCAUCAAUUCACCGUUCAAUUUCACCGUUUCCGAUUCUAUUCUCACAAUCACCGUCGAUUAGGGUUUCGUCGAAAAUCUCAUCGAAAUGCACGGGAUCGAGACUAACUGUUCGUGAAUUUGAUUUCCUGAAGUGCAUGAAUCUCUGGUGUUGCUUAUGGUUCAAUCGGAAGAAAGAAAAAGAAGAAGAAGAGGAAGAGGAAGAGGAAAAUUGUAAUUUCUUUGAACCUAUGAACAACGACGAGGAUAUUUUCGGAAAAGCUUCUGAUGAUGGAGAUGAAUCCCAACCGAGAAAUUUUGAGCCUAAUUUUUUUCAAGAUUUUGCUAAAGAAUCGUUUGGUUCGUGGCCGGUUACACGGCGGUCUGAGGGUGAAAGUAGCUCUGUUAACGCCGGUUUAGUUCCGGUUUCCGGUCCGGAAAGUCCUGUAGCUGACGAGAACCGCGAUUCGUCUCACAAGCGCGCUAAAUUCUACAACGAGGGUAACUUUGAUGACCUAGCUUCUUCAAGUAAAGUGAAAUACUCUAUGGAUUAUGAAGAAUUUGACGUUUCUCAUGGACCUAAUAAUGUUGCUUGUUAUGAUGAUUUUGCGUUGGGGUGUAUUCAUGAGGAUGGUAAUUGUGUGGAAAACGGUGAAGGGAAUGAUUCAGAACUAGAAGAUCAAGAGGUUGUCAGGAUGGAUCUUACGGAUGAUCUGUUGCAUAUGGUUUUCUCAUUUCUGGAUCAGACCAAUCUCUGUAGAGCUGCUAGAGUUUGUAAGCAGUGGCGAUCUGCUAGUACUCAUGAAGAUUUUUGGAGGAGUUUGAAUUUUGAAAAUCGGGACAUAUCUGAAGAACAAUUUGAGGACAUGUGUAGGCGUUAUCCUAAUGCUACAGCAUUGAGCAUAUCAGGACCUUCGAUUUAUUCGCUCGUCAUGAAGGCAAUCUCUAUGUUAAGGAAUCUUGAGGUUUUAACAUUGGGAAGAGGACAGAUAGGGGAUGCUUUUUUUCUUGCUCUACCUGAGUGUUCUAUGUUGAGAAAAUUGAAUAUCAGUGAUUCUACACUCGGCAAUAGUAUUCAGGAGAUAUCUGUCGUUCAUGAGAGACUGUGCCAUCUUGAAUUAACAAAAUGUCGUGUCAUGCGAAUACAAGUCAGGUGCCCGCAACUUAAAACUAUGUCUCUGAAGCGCAGUAACAUGGCACAAGUUGUGCUGAAUUGUCCUCUUUUGCAUGAACUUGAUAUAGGCUCUUGCCACAAACUUCCUGAUGCUGCAAUUCGCGCUGCUGCAACUUCAUGCCCUCAACUAGUGUCACUGGACAUGCGUAAUUGUACUUGUGUCAGCGAUGAAACACUGCGUGAAAUAGCACAGCAUUGUCCUAAUCUUGGUUUUCUUGAUGCGUCAUACUGCCCAAACAUAUCUUUGGAGUCUGUUCGACUCCCAAUGUUGACAAUUCUACGGCUUCAUAGCUGUGAGGGCAUCACUUCUGCAUCAAUGGCUGCAAUAGCACACAGUUCUAUGUUAGAGGUUUUGGAGCUUGACAAUUGUGGUCUAUUGACGUCGGUUUCGUUGGAUCUUCCUCGUUUGCAAAAUAUUAGAUUGGUGUACUGUCGCAAAUUAGCAGAUUUGAACUUGAGGGCUAUAUCGCUUUCUUCUAUACAAGUGUCAAACUGCUCUGUACUUCACCGGAUCAAUAUCACUUCAAAUUCACUUCAAAAAUUAGCACUGCAAAAGCAGGAUAGCUUAACUACAUUAGCACUGCAAUGCCAAUCUUUACAAGAAGUGGACCUCUCUGAGUGUGAAUCUUUGGCAAACUCUGUAUGUGAUGUUUUUAGUGACGGUGGAGGAUGCCCUAUGUUGAAAUCACUAGUUCUUGAUAAUUGUGAGAGCUUGACUUCAGUUCGCUUCAUCAGCACCUCGUUAAUCAGUCUUUCCCUUGGCGGUUGCCGAGCAAUUACUACUCUUGAGCUUACCUGCCCUAAUCUUGAGAAGGUCAUUUUGGAUGGUUGUGAUCAUUUGGAAAAUGCAUCAUUUUGCCCUGUUGGUCUUCGAUCUCUCAAUUUAGGAAUAUGCCCAAAAUUAAACAUACUCCGCAUUGAAGCGAUGUUAAUGGUCUCACUUGAGUUGAAAGGAUGCGGUGGACUGUCUGAAGCAUCCCUUAAUUGUCCUCUCUUGACAUCUCUGGAUGCUUCCUUUUGCAGCCAACUCACUGAUGACUGCUUGUCUGCAACAACCCGUGCAUGUCCUCUAAUUGAGUCAUUGAUAUUGAUGUCAUGUCCAUCAAUUGGGUUAGAAGGACUCUGUUCCCUGCAUUGGCUCCCAAAUUUAGCCCUGCUUGAUUUAUCAUACACAUUCUUGGUAAAUCUGCAGCCUGUUUUUGACUCCUGUUCACAGCUAAAGGUAUUAAAGUUGCAGGCAUGCAAAUAUCUCACCGACUCAUCACUUGAACCUCUUUACAAGGGGGGUGCUUUGCCAGCACUUCAGGAGUUGGACUUGUCUUAUGGAACUUUGUGUCAGAAAGCCAUUGAAGAGCUUCUUUCUUGCUGCACUCACCUUACACGUGUGAGUUUGAAUGGCUGUGUGAAUAUGCAUGAUUUAAACUGGGGGUACAGUCGAGGGAAGUUUCCUGAGUUACCUGGAAUAAGCAUCCUAUCCACCGCAAGUUCCUAUGAUAAUAUCCAUGUGUCAAAUGAGCAACCCACUCGAUUACUUCAGAACCUAAACUGUGUCGGCUGUCCAAAUAUAAGGAAGGUUUUCAUCCCAUCAACCGCAAACUGUUCCCAUUUAUUAUUUUUAAACCUUUCUCUGUCAGCUAAUUUGAAGGAGGUUGAUGUUGCUUGUCUCAACCUAUGCUGGCUCAAUUUAAGCAACUGUUCGUCAUUGGAAGUUUUGAAGCUAGAUUGUCCGAGAUUGACCAAUCUAUUCCUUCAGGCGUGCAAUAUUGACGAGGAAGCUGUUGAAGCUGCUAUAUCAAGAUGCACUAUGUUGGAGACUCUUGAUGUUCGCUUUUGUCCUAAGAUAAGCUCAAUGAGCAUGGGAAGGCUCCGUGCAGCAUCUUCUGGUUUGAAGCGUAUAUACAGCAGUUUGUCAUCUUCAUCAGCGUGAUUUAGGAUCUCAGAAGUUUUGCGGUGCUUGUUCACUUGGAGAGAAGGCACCCGCGACAAUAAAUCUGGUUAUUUCCCAAUGUAUUGUAAAUUGCUAUAUUUUUCAUUGUUGUGUUUGUUUGGCAUAUAGAAAUGAAGUUAUCUUCAUGCAUUGCCACAAUAAGUCAUUGUUGUUCUAAUUGUUGUAAAUUUUACAUUUCAAUUUGUCGCGGCAUAUUUCAUUCUGAAGUGGUCUGUCUAACCUUUCUCGUGUGAAGAAUAGGUGUGUCUAAUGCUUUUAUAUAUACAUUUUAUGCUGUAAAUUUUUGUGCAAUGGAUGCAGCAUAUUGACAUUAA